CUGACCUGGUUCCUUGAGACCAACAAUAUUCUUAGGAGUGAACAAGCAGGUUUUAGGCCACAAAGAUCAACGAACCAACAAGUAGCCACUCUCUCCCAACACAUCAAAGAUGCCCUUGAUGCAAGAAAUACUCUUACGGCUGUUUUCGUCGAUUUCAAAUCACCAUAUGACUUAGUAUGGAAAGAGAAGCCAAUUCUAAAAUUGACAAAGAUUGGUAUUAAGCAUAACAUGCUAAACUGGAUAAAAGCAUUCAUUGGACAAAGAUCGUGUAAAGUCAGAUACGGAAAUGCUCUAUCAAAAUCCAAUCUUUUGCAAACAGGCCUUCCACAGAGAGCUGUCACAAGCUGCACUCUUUUCAAUGUCUUCAUCAAUGACAUAGCCGAAUUGGUACAGACAGUCACGGGCAUCAAGUGCUUACUUUAUGCAGAUGAUCAUGUUCUAUGGUAUUCCGCCCCUAAGAAAAACCCUCAGGAGAGGACAGAAUUUACAGGAAGCACCACAAUAUGUUCCCUUAUCAAAGAAAAGGCCUUCAUCCUGUAUGAGAAGCUACUGCGCAUUCCCAUCUAUAAGUUCUUCAGCACCUAUGAGAAUAGACCAAGACAUCUGAAAACGCACUCUGGUUUAAUACAGGAAGCCAUAGAACUGAAGAAAGAAUUACAAAUGGAAUUCAAACAAAAAAGCCUCUCUCCCCCCAUGGACCCAUUUGCAGACACUGAUGUAGUAUUUUACACCCAACUGCUCGACUUCUUCAGGAAAUCAAACACCCCUCAAGGGCAAAUGCGCUCACUGGCCCUUGAGAAAAUCAAUGUCAACCAUCUUGCAGAUCAAUGGCUCCAAGUCUUCACUGAUGGGUCAUACAUAGAAAACCAAGCAAACAUUGGUGCAGGUGUCUAUUCUGAACUCUUCUCUUUUUACGCAGCAGUGGGACACAAUAGAUCCGCUUUUGAAGGAGAUAUAGAGGCUAUUAGGAUAGCACUAUGCCAAUAA